AUGCCACGUCGGUACCAUGACCUGGCGACAGGUGCCGACUCGGGAGCAGUAGACGCGGCCGUUGCGAGCCCCACGGGCGGCGUCAUCACGGCAGGGAGCGUGGCUAGUGCUGCUGCUGACGCGGAGUCCAGCGUGGGGGACGAGCAGCGCCACUGGCACCGCAAGCUCAUGGGCUCCGUUUCACGCGGCAGGGCACUGCAGAUUAUUGCAGCGGAUUUCAUUAAUCUUGUUGGUGGUGGAAAGAAGGCGUCUGACGCACUGACUGCGCCAAGCCCAAGGGUUUCUUCCGCCGCCGGCAGCCCAGCCAGGAGGAGAUCCGCGCAUGCAAUGCGAAGCGCUUUGAUCAGCUCCUGCAGUGCGGGGGCGGUGCAUCGUGAGCCAAUGGCUGCUAAGAGGAGCACCCAGUAA